UUCUGCUGAAUCGCUGCGAAAAUGAGUGCCAUAAUUGGAGUAGAAACCCUGAUUAUAAUGGUAAUCAUGCUGUUACUCUUCGCCAGUUGGCGAUUGAGUCAAAAGCGGAAGUACUAUCGCAGUGUAACCACGAAGUUACCCACCAUGGCUGGUAUACCUUUUAUUGGGGUAGCUCAUAAAAUGCUUGAUAUAACUAAACUAUUUCAUAAUAUAAGUGUCGGCUGCGAUACCUUGAAGACAUCAACUGCUUGUGUAUGGAUGGCAACAACGCCGUACGUGGUUACUGUCGAUCCUGAGAUUAUCAAGCAUGUCACCACCUCGCCUGAAUUCCUUAACAAAGCCAAAGAUUUGUAUACACACUUUAGCAAGAGUGCAAUAAAUGGUAUUAUCGUGAGCCCAGCUAAGGUUUGGAAAUCUAAUCGCAAGGCUGUAAGCCCAUUCCUUGCACAUAAUAAUAUUAUGAGCUUGUUUCCUGCCUUCAAUCAGAAUGCAAAUAAUGUGAAAAAUAAGCUGGAAAGUUUGGCUGGACAAGGUGAACAGGAUAUUUUUACGAUUGUCAAAGAAUGUGGCUUACAAUUGAGUCUUUUAACUAUUAUGGGCAUAAAAGUAGAAGAAGACAGCGACAAGCACAAAAAACUUUUGCAGUCAUUUACUGCCCUUAUUGAUAACAUGGGAAUAGACCUCUUGCUCGGCUGGUUGGGUCUGCGGUUUCUUUCACACACUCCGCAUUAUAAGAGAAUUGUUAAAUACUUGCAAGACUUAGUACAAACUUUGAUUACAGAAAAUCUUCACUCAGAGGACAUGAACAAUUUCGCAGAGGACCAACGAACGAUGAUUGAUUUGGGGCUAAAGGCUCUACGUCAGGGAGUAUUUAGUGAAAAAGAUGUCGAAAUUGAAUGUUUUACAAUGUUUGCUGCGGCUUAUGAGACUUCUGUUAGUGCGUCAUAUACUUGCCUGGUGAUGUUGGCUAUGCAACCCGAAAUUCAGGAGCGUGUUUUCCAAGAGAUUCGCUCUGUGUUUCCGCACGAAAUUACAUCGGUUGAAUAUGACGAUCUAAAGAAACUUCCCUACUUGGAUAUGUUUAUAGCUGAAUCGUUGCGUUUAGCACCGCCAAUACAAUUUAUCGGACGGCAAAGCGAACAGGACGCCGAACUCUGUCCAGGCGUAAUACUGCCUAAAGGCAUGCAAAUUGUUAUACCAAUUUACGAAUUGCAUAGGCGUAAGGAAAUUUGGGGUCCCUACGCACAUCGUUUCAAUCCGAAUAACUUUUUGCCCGAGAACAUUGAAAAACGUCAUCCAUAUUCUUACAUGCCUUUCUCGAAGGGCUCACGGAACUGUAUUGGCUUUCGUUAUGCUGAAGUUUCGUUGCGUAUCAUAUUGAUACAUGCCGUGCGAAGUUUAAAAUUUUCCACAACUUUUAAAUAUGAAGAUAUCGUUCACGUGCCACAUAUUUCACUGCGUUAUAAGAUCCAACCGCCAUUACGCAUACAAGUCAGAGCAAACUAAAAUGGGGAGAUUGUUAUCAGCAAUUACUGAGAAACACUACAUACAUAUAUGUACUUAUGUAGUUUAAUAAACGAUUUCCUAAAAACUGUAA